AUGUAUGCUCAGCGUCCUCUGGCGUAUGCGCCGACACCAUAUAGCUACACCCCUAAUCCGGCGCUGUCAGCGUCCAUCAAUCUCGAUGAGGAAGUUAAACUCGCCUCGAGCUCUGCGGAACGCGAUCUCUACGAAUCCUUAGCCGAGAUUUACAGUAUUAUCGUGACUCUGGAUGGCCUAGAGAAGGCCUACAUUAAAGAUGUCGUGACAGAAGUCGAGUACACGGAAACAUGCACUCGCCUACUAAAGCAGUACAAGUCUAGUCUAGGUGAUGAUGCAGUCGCGAGGGAGUUUGUCGAUCUGGAAACAUUCAAGCGGACGUGGGGCCUCGAAUGCCCUCGUGCUACAGAACGUCUACGCAUCGGUCUCCCCGCGACGGUCGAACAAGCCUCCCACUCUACGCCGGCAGCCAACAUGGGCGCCGCAGCAGCUGGUCCUGCGGCGGGCGCCUCGGGCAGUCUGAUUUUAACGGCCACGGAGAACUUCAUCACCUUCUUAGAUGCGCUGAAACUAAACAUGGUCUCCAAAGAUGCUUUGCAUCCGCUGCUCUCGGAAGUUAUCCAGUCGGUUAAUAAGGUGACUGAUGGGGACUUUGAGAACCGAGGAAAGAUCAUCCAGUGGCUGAUCGCUUUGAAUCAAAUGCGUGCGACGGAAGAGCUGAGUGAAGAACAAGCCAGAGAACUGGCGUUUGAUAUCGAGCAGGCAUAUCAAGGUUUCAAGUCCACAUUAGGAUCUGGUCCUGUCGGCGCGCCCAUCUUGGAACUUAUAACACACACUUUUGCAUUUGCUCUGCUACAUUCGCCCAACAUGAUCAGUGCUGAACCCGAGGAGCCUCUCCAUGUGCUCGACAUGCCUCAAAUCCAUACCAAGCCUUCCGGCACCGAGAUCCUACGAGCCCUCGACCUCCUAGCCAUUAAACCACGCACUUUCGGCACGACUUCUAAAAUUCAGGAAGCGGCGAAGGUUCGCAGCGUUCACCCGGCCGGUAUAACCCGUUAUCUAACAACGAUCAUCUCGAGUCCGCUUUCAUGGCUCGAUACCGACGAAUUGCGAGAGGCAGUCUGGGAUGCCACCUCGGCUCGACUCAGCGAGCGGUGUGGCCGAACUGCAAUGCCUGCCAUGUCCCGAGUCUUCACUGUGCAAAACCUCUCGGGCGAAGAACUUACCUUGACCCUGCACGAGCCCUCCUUGACCGCUGAUAACCUGGGAAUGAAAACAUGGGUGUCCUCAUAUCUCCUCUCCCAGCGACUUCACUCCGUUCUGGAGUCCACACCGCCGUUGGUCCCGUCCACGGCCACGAUCCCGAAGACCGACCGGACUCUGCGCGCGCUGGAACUGGGAUCGGGGACCGGACUCGUGGGACUUGCCUUUGCCGCCAUCCACGGAGAGUCCGCUUCCGUCCAUCUCACCGAUCUCCCCGUCAUUGUUCCCAAUCUGGCCCACAAUGCAGCUCUCAAUGUCGAACUGUUGACCACAUCCAAUGCACGAGUCACGACGGGAGUCCUCGAUUGGUCCGUUGAUCCCGAGCCGCUCCCAACCCCCGAGGAGAAAUAUGAUCUCAUCCUAGCCGCCGAUCCUCUAUACUCGCCCAAACACCCAAAAUGGCUGGUUGAUACGAUCGGUCACUGGCUCAGUCCCGGACUCGAUGCUCGGGUCGUCGUCGAGAUGCCGCUGCGGGAUGCAUACCUACCCCAAGUGCAGGAGUUCCGACAACGGAUGACAGAUAUCGGGCUAGCGGUGGUCAGCGAGGGGGAAGAGACCGGGUAUGACGACUGGGAGUCGGCGGACGGGGGAGCGCUUGCAGUCCGGUGUUGGUGGUCCAUCUGGGGGUGGAGCGAGAAGCUCUAA